UGCACCGAUCCCCAAAUAAAAAAUACUCUGCACCACACGCACUCUCUCACACCCAUUCCAUCAAUCAAUCCUCUCAUUUCCCUCACCAGCCGCCUCCUCAGCCAAGAAGGAAGCCAACAAUGGCCGCUGCAGCCGCGUCCUCGGCCCUCUUCGCCGCCGUCCAGAAGCCCCACCACCAGGCGGCCGCGUCCCUGUCCCCCGCCAGCAUCUCUUUCCAGGGCCUGAGGCCUCUGGGUCCCGCCAAGGCCAGAGCCGCCGUGAGGAUCGCCGCCGGUGGCCGGAGGAACGGAGGAGCGAUAAAGGCGGAGCUGAACCCAUCGGUGGUGAUCAGCCUCAGCACGGGGUUGUCGCUGUGCCUGGGGAGGUUCGUGUUCUUCAACUUCCAGAGGGAGAACGCGGCGAAGCAGGUCCCAGAGCAGAAUGGGCUGACCCACUUCGAGGCCGGGGACACGAGGGCCAAGGAGUACGUCAGCCUCCUCAAGUCCAACGACCCCGUCGGCUUCAACAUCGUUGACGUCCUCGCCUGGGGAUCCAUCGGCCACAUCGUCGCGUAUUACAUCCUUGCCACUUCCAGCAACGGCUACGACCCCAGCUACUUCGCCAUAGCACGUGGUUUCUUUUGACUUGCUUGCUUGUAUAUAUAACCUUUAUCAACUAGUUAUUACUUUUCCGAGCAAGUGAUGAACAUCGACCGAUGGAACUUCUCGAUUGUUAUCUCGUCCUUGUAGUUGUUGUGAAGUUAUGGAGCUUCUUCGUCAUUCAUUUUCGGUCCUUUAA